AUGGAUCUUGAUCCAGAGACGUCGGAUCAUGCGCACUCGCAGUCAUCUCAGCAGCAGCAGCCUCCCGCUGCCUUUCCUUCCGCCGCGUUCAUCUCGCCCUUUUCCGUGUUCGGAGCAGCCGAAACGCCGCUAGUAACCCCCGCCGGACCGUCUGUAGCCGGGUCGGAUCCCGCAUCGAUGGCUGCGAAGAAGCCUGCGAAGGUUGCAACGCAAGAGCCGCCGCUGUUUCGCUUCGGUACGGGGGGAACCGCGGCGCAGGCGCAAGCGCAGGGAUCGAGGCCGCCGGGGGACUCGGCCGGCGCGCCGUCACGGGGCACGCACAGUCGGCGGGUAGCGCGAGGGGGUUGGAACCGGGGGAGGGGGAAGGGCGCGAGCCCGGAACCCAUGCUCACGGAUUCCGCCGAACCCGCCCGUGACGUGCCUGGUGGUCGGAGUGGUCCCGUGGGUGGCGCCGUGAGUGACGUCGUGGGUGGCGGCGGGGGUGACGGCAUGGAUGGUGUGGCUACGAACGGAUGGACUUGGCUGAAACCUAGCAAGGUCGCCGGCGGGUCCGCUUUCGAGGUGAAUCCAGCAGCGGGGUUCUCUUUCGGCAAUGGCGUUUCGACACCUCGUGCGCCGUCCGCAACGGCGGGAACUGCUGCUGGUGAUUUGCCUGACGAUGGCCAUUCAGCGCCCUUUGCGGCGGGCCCUCCUGGAACCAUACCGCUCUUUUCCUCCUCCUCCUCCUCCUCCUCCUCCUCCUCCUCCUCCGCCGCCGCUGUCGACGCUGCGCCAGUGUUCCAAACGACAGCUGCAGCCCCGUUCGCGGCAGCAGGCGCAGUGAGGCCGCGCAUGGCGUCAGAGGGCGCGCGCGCGGGCGGGAAGAAGGUCAAGUCGCGCAGCUCGCGGGUGGCAGGCAAGGGGGGGAUCGCACCGGCUGCAGGGGCUGCAGCUGCUACUGGGGUGGGUGGUGGGCAGGAUGCGGACGGUAUGGUACGCGAUAAUGGUGGUGUUGGAAGGGAUUCGAGCAGCGGAGCAGAUGCGGACGAUGCUGCAGCAGUGGCGAGUUCUGGGUUACGAGCCAUGGCUGCAGAGGGCGAUGCCCAUGUGCAGGUCAUCGCCGCAUCUGAACCUCCUCCUGCUGCCGCCACGGCUGCUGCUCCUGCGGCUGCUGCAGCGGCGGGGGCUGCUCCUGUUGCUCCUGCUGUCCCGCCCGUCUCUGCGUCUGCACCAUCUCCGGCCAAGCACGAGCGCAGUGACGCCGCGAGCAGUGGGGGCGCGCAGCCCUCCCCUGGCUUCGUCUUCGGCGGAAACCCCGUCCCGUCCGCGCCCACUCCCGCGCCCACCAUGCACUUCGACCCGCUUGCCCGCGCCAACCCCGCGCCCGCAGGUACAAGCGCAAUCCCUGCCGCGCGCCUUGCCCCGCUGCCCGAGGUGGUGUUUGGAGCAGUGGCAGAGGGACACGUGGCAGCACAGGAGGCGCGCACAGGCACGCCGGGAAUUCGUAGGAGGGCGAUGGUGGGUAGGCGGGCAGGCGGAGGGAGGGCUGCUGCACGAGUGGGGAGAGGUGCGCGCGGAGUGGGGUCGGCGGACGCAGUGAGCUUCGCGCCAGCGCCCGCAGUUUCGAGUAGCGCAGCAGCAGCAGGGGCAGCAGGCGCAGGGAAGGCAGGGAAGGAAGAGGCAGAUAUGGGGUUGGGGCUGAGCCUUGGGCUGCGGCAGUGGGGCGUGACUGAGAGCUCUGGAGAGCAGGAUGGCGCAGGCAGUGGGGCGGGUGGGGCCCGCGUGCGGAUUGGGGAGGAGCAGAUGCGCUCAGAGGAGGGCCUUGGCGCGGAUACAGCAGCGGAUGGGGAGGAAGGCGAGACAGGGGAGCAAGAGGAGCAAGGGGAGAAAGCGCAGCAGGGGGAGGCGAGGCACGCAGAGGGCGUUGCUAAGUCGCGAGAAGAUGAGCAAGAGUCGCAGGGGCGGGCAGGGGAGAACGGUGAGAAGCGCGGUGCAGCAAAGGAGGCUGGUGCGGCGAGCGGCACCGAGGGAGCAGAGGAGAGGCGGGUGAGGGAGGAGCAGAGGGAAGCGGUGGGUGGAGAGGCGAGUGUGCGGGCGAUAGGGGAGAGGAUGGCAGGGGUGGAGAUCGGUGACAGUGGGCUGGCGGCUGCAGUGGCGAGUGUGCAAGCAGAGAUGGCGAAGAUGGCCGUGAGAGGGGUGCUGCCUCACGGCCUCGAGAAGGACGUAUACCCUCCUCAUCCUCCUCCUCCUGCUUCUGCUUCUGCUUCUGCUUCUGUUUCUGCCUCUGCAGCUACUCCUACAAUGAGUGGCACGAGUACAACGACCACCGUUGGCAGUGGUGCUGCUGCUGCUGCUGCUGCUGCUGCUGCUGUUGCUGCUGCUGCUGCUGCUGCUGGUGCUGGUGCUGCUGGUGGUGGUGGUGGCACAGGAGUGCGGGCAGGGCUGAGUGCGGACAAGGCUGGAGGGACGGGUGAGGGGAGUGAGGGUGAAUCGAGAGUGAGGCAGGUGGAGAGUGUGGUGAGCCGGUUGCAAGAGCUGAGUGUGGGUGGUGGUGGUGAGCAGGGCCGUGGCGGGGGAGAGGAGGGUGGUCGUGAGGGAAGGGGGCAGCACGAACAGCGGCGGAAGGAGCAUGAGCAGCAGCAGCAGCAGGAGCAGGUGGACGAGCAACUGGCGAGGUUGAAAUUGUCUGUUGAAGCUGCUGUUGCUGUUGCUGGUGGUGAUGGUGAUGGUGCAGACGAGACGGAGAGUGCGAGGGGGCAGGAAGGAAGCGGAGGAAGCAACGCAGCAGCAGCAAGCAGGGAGGGAGCCGCUGCAGCGGCAGCAGCAGCUGUCGCAGCAGCAGCAGCGGCUGCUGCCGCCGCUGCAGCAGCAGAGGAAGAUGCAGAAGCAGCAGCAGCAGUGCCGGAUCUCCUAGCGAACCUGAAUCUCAGCUCGCUCCCGCUGAACCUACCAACGGGCCCAGGGUCAGACGAGAAGCUCAAGCUGUACAUGGAUGGGCUAGCGUCUGGUCUCAGACUCGGGCUGCGCCUGGGGAGGGAGUCCUCUGUUGGCCCAGGCCCCACUGCUUUUGUUCCCCCAGGGCCCUUCACUCCCCCAGGACCCGCGGCUGUGUCCCCAGGGCUCACCACUGCUUCACCACCUCCUCCACAGCCGUCUCAACAGACUUUUGCAGCAAGGCAAACGGCCCCCCUUGAUGCAUCUGCUUCACCUGCUUUCACUGGGUUUGCUGCUGCCACACCGCCGCUCAACACCACCCCUGCCUUUGUCUUUUCAACGCCUAACCCCAACUCCCACAUCCGUUUUUCUGGCCAGUCGUCGCCGUCGUUACACACCCCACCGACGUCUUUUGGCUCCUCGCCCGCGCCAGUCGCCUCCCCGCCUUCCUUUUCCACACCACCCUUUUCCACGCCCGCCACUCCCCUUUUUGGCUCACCGGCUGCUGCAGCAGCACCUGCUGCUGUUGAUGCAUCUGCUGCUGCUGCCGCUGGUGGUGUUGGUGCGGCUCCCGUGUUCUCGUUUGGGGUUGCGACAGCGUCUGGUACUGAAGCUCCUCCGUUUGUGUUUGGGAAGGGGGCGAGGGAGUUCACCUUCUCGUUCACGUCCCCUCUCGCGCCCUCCUUGUCUCUGCCCACUCCCUUCGCGCCCCUCUUCACCACCCCGCCAUCGGGAACGCCAUCCGCUGCAACCAGUAGGAGGGGAAGUCAGAAGAGCUCUGGAGGAAGUGGUGGUGCAGGAAGUGGUGCGAGUGGUAGCAGCCCUAGCCCCAUGGAGUGCUCUCCUGGGGAGGCGCGGUUCCCUCCAGGCGCUACAGGCGAAGGGUUGUCAGGUUAUGGUGCGGGUGGUGGGAGCAGUGGGGGAAGUGAGAGGAGGGGGGGCGAUGGGGAGGCUGUUAGGGGUCGUGAGGUGGAUGGUGUUGGAGCGAAGCUGGAGCAGAUGGGGAUACGGGAGGAGAGCGCGAGACAGGGGGAUGGGGAUGCGGAAAGCAUGGAGCAGCAGGAGCAAGAGCCAGGGCAGCAGCAGGAGCAGGCUAAGGGGUUGUUUGAGGAUGUGGGGUUGUUUGGAGCGACGGGCGCAGCGGCAGCGCAGGCAAGAGCAGCAGAGGUUCGACUGGAGGACCUAGCUGGGUUCAGAUUCGCUGCAGGGGCUGCUUCCCCUGGCGGCAAAACGGGUGCUGCUGCUGGGGGUGGUGCUGGUAGUGCGAGGCACAGCCGCCACACGCCCCACCGCAUGGGCCAGGGGAGCAGGAGGGGGAAGGUGUCUUCUAGGGAGAGAGCUGCUGGUGCAGGGGGUGCUGGCUCUGCUGCUCGCGUGCCUUCUGCUGCUGCUGGUGCAGCUUCGGGUGAUGGGUCUGCCUCCGCUGCUGCUGCUGCUGUUAAUGUGAAGGCCACGGGUGACGCUGCAAGGACUAAUCGUUUUGCUGCUGGUGGGGCAAGUGUGAGGAAGGAGGCUGGGGCAGGAGCAGGAAGAGCGGGAGAAGAGCCUGCGAGGGCAGCAAGGAGAGGCAUUGAGGGGGCGGCCAAGGACGCGGAGCAGUCAUGCGAGAAAUGGAGGCUCAAGUACGUCCCUGCUUACAGCCCUUUCGUUUCCCAAAUCCAAUCCAAUUCUCUAAGCCACUCCCUCUCUCCUUCCACCUGCCUAUUCACCACCACCAGCACUCCCCUGUCACCUCUGCCAUCCUCACCAUUCCCGUUCCUCCCUCACCCCCUGCCACUCGCACCCUGUCCUUCCCCCCCGGCCUGUCUUGUAUCCCCCAGGGGCAACCAGGUGUAUGGGAAGGGCGAGUACGCGAGAGCAGAGGAUUUCUACUCGCGUGGGCUCAGCACAGCAGCGGCCUUCACAGCGUUCCCCGACUGCAUGCGUGCUGCCAUGCUGUGCCACAGCAACCGCGCCGCCACGCGCAAGCACCUGGGGCGGGUGCGAGAGGCCCUGCGCGACUGCCGCGCUGCGCUUGCUAUUGACGGAUCGUUCUCGCGCGUGCUGCUGCGCAUGGCCAGCUGCCACUUGGCACUCGGUGAGCUGCGAGAGGCACGCCAGGUGUACCUGUCUCUAAAGCAGCAGCCCUUGGGAUUGCCGCAAGGUGUAGCAGGCGGAGAUCCCAAGGUGGCGCGCGAGGCGGAGCAAGGGCUAUUGCAGGUGGAGCAGGUGGAGGGGAGCAUGGGGAAGGCUCUUGCUCUGCUGCGUGUGCCUUCACAUGUCUGGCCUGCAGCUGUUGCUGCUGCAGGGGGUUCUGGCGGGGCAGGGGCAGCGGCAGAAGGGGCAGCGGGAGGGAUUUCGCGGUCAGCAUCAGCAGGGGCGGUGGGGGGGGUGGGAGCAGGCGGGGGAGCAGCAGGAGCGGGAGGGGCGGCGGCAGCAGGAGCGGCUUCGGGGCUGGUGAUGGGGAAGGAAGCGGAGGAGGCGUAUGGGCUGCUGGAGAGGGUUGGGGAGGUGUGUCCGUACUGGGAAGUGCUGCUGUGCGCCAAGGCACGCGCUCUGCUGCUCUUGAGUCGCUACGAGGACGCGUGCCACCUGUGCGAGAGCACCUUCUCUGCCUCUGAGAGCAACCACGCCGCACCCGCUGCUGCCGCGGGCGCGAGCAGCAGCAAGGGGCAGCAGGGGCACCUGGUGUGGCGGUGGGCAGUGGUGGGGCGGGCACGGUUCGGGCAGGGGCGACUGGAGGAUGCGAUAGAGCAGCUGGCACGGCUUGACGGCCUGGCCCUGGAUCCUGAGAGCAGUGCUGGGGAUGCUGGUGGUAGUGGAGGAGGUGAGGGUGGCGGGGGUGGAGCAGCAGCAGGGCUGUAUGCAGUUGCUAUUCCCGAUACCACUGCGCCUUCAGACUUCACUCGGUCCAUCCGGGAGAUGCUCCGACUCAAGGCAGCAGGCAACGAGGCGUUUCAGGCGGGCAGGCACGAGGAGGCAGUGGAGCGAUACACAGCCGCCAUCACGCUGCCUGCGCUCGCUGCCUCGCGCCCCUUCUCCGCCGUGUGCUUCUGCAACCGCGCUGCUGCCAGCCAUGCCGCGGGCAACAUUGCAGAUGCCAUUGCGGACUGCAGCAGAGCCAUCGCGCUCGAUCCCUCCUAUGCCAAGGCCAUCUGGCGGCGUGCCACGCUGUGGGAGAGCGCACGGGAGCACGAGCAUGCACUGGCAGACCUUGACCGCCUGCUGCUGCUCGUGCGCGGCAAGGCGUGCGCUGGCAGCGGCGGCAAGAGCGGUGGGAAGAGCGGGGUGGGCAGUGUGGUGGAUGAGCGGCAGGUGAAGGAGUGUAUGGGGCGCGUGCAGAAGGAGGUGCAGCACGAGCAGCAGCCCGACCACUACCUCAUGCUGGGCAUGGACCAUGCAUGCACGGCAGCAGACGUCAAGAAGGCGUACCGCAAGGCAGCCUUACGGCACCAUCCGGACAAGGCGGCGCAGCUGUUGUUUCCAGGGAGGGGAGAUGCGGAUGGGUGGCUGAGCAGGGAGUUGGGGGAGGAGAUACAGCGCGAUGCGGACCGGCUCUUCAAGGCCAUUGGCCACGCAUACAACGUGCUAUCUGAUGAAACCAAGAGGACUGAGUACGAUGCACAGGAGCGGGUGCGGAAAAUGCGGUCUCGGUACGCAUACGCUGAUGUAUCCGCAGCUGCGGCAGCUGCCGCAGCGUCUGCUGCAGCAGAUGAUGUAUUCGGGUCAUCAUUUGGAUACGGUGGGCGCGGCAGCAGCAGCCACAAAAGCCGAUGGGGCAAUGAAAGCUCAUGGGAGCGGCGACAGGACUAUUCCGGGGCUAGUACCCGCAGCGGUGCUUCCACCCGUGGAGGGGGCACGGGAGAUAAGGCAAGGCGAAGCAACCAGGAAGCACACUCAGGCACUCGGUCCCAGCAGCAGCAACAGCAACCCCACUGGAGCGAGCGGGCGACAGGUGGGGGAAGCAGCAGGCGCAAUCAGAAUAACGCGCCACGGCAUGCUGGUGGUGCCGCGGCCAAUGGUGCUGGUAACAGUGGUGGUGCUGGUGGUGCUGGUGCUGGUGCAGGCAAGCGUGGUGAGAGUGCCAAAGGGGGUUCUGGAAACAGGGGAAAUACCCCCCGAGACCGCUCGCAAUCGGUGAUCUACCCACCUGCUGUUGGUGACUCUGCUGGCGCAAAAGUGGUGAACACGCGGCAGCAGACGCAGCGACGGUUGCUAGCGAGGGAGCAGAGAGACGGCGCGCAUGGCGCCGGGGAAGGCGCCGCUCCGAGUGCGAACGGCGCUGCUGCGGCCGGGACGGGUCAACGGCGCGCUGUGGCGCACAAGAGCACGCAGCAGGAGAUGUGGGAGAUCUUCCAGCGGGAGGGCUUGGCGGGCUUGUACCGGGGGCUGGAGCCGUCACUCGUGGGCACCGCGUGCUCGCAGGGCGUGUACUAUUUCUUCUACCAGCUAUUCCGCAGCCACGUGGAGCAGUUAGCAGCGGUGCGCAAGGCGCAGGGCAUGGGCAGCGGGCAGGUCACCAUGAUCACAUCGCUGCUCGUCGCUGCGCUUGCUGGGUCAGUGAACGUGCUACUGACCAACCCCAUCUGGGUCAUCGUCACUCGCAUGCAGACCCAGACACAGGGCCUGCCGCCGCCCGUCUACAUCGCGCGCCACCCGGUCUCCUCCCAGCCCGCCAGUGCGUCGCCGCCCACACAUGCUCAUGAUGACGCUGCAGGGGCUGCGAGUGAUACCCGGGGCAAGGAGGCAGUGGCACAGCGGUCAGAGGGAGUGGGCGGGGCGGGAGGGGUGCUGGUGAAGAGAAACACAGCAGCAGGCGCAGAGAGGGGUGCAGGGGGUGUUGUGUCGGGAUCAGGCUCGGGCACAUGUGAUGCCACAGGCGGGGGUGGCAGUGGCGGUGGUGACUGGGGGGGGGGAGCAAGCGGAGGAGGAGGGGGGGGUGGGAGGAGCGGUAGUGGCGGAGGCAGUGGGAAGGGUGGAGGGGGUGGAGGGAGGUGGGGCGAGGAGGGGAGUGGGGAGGGGCCGUUGCGGGCGCCGGGGAGUGGAGGGCAGCAGCUGGUGGGGCGGCCUCAUGGGGUGCUGGAGACGAUAUGGGAGCUAUUUGAGGAGGCAGGCAUCCUUGGAUUCUGGAAGGGAGUCUUUCCAACCCUGCUCAUGGUGACCAACCCCGCCAUCCAGUUCAUGAUCUACGAGACGUUGUUGGCGCGCAUCACAGCAGCGCGCCCGGCUGCCAGGGGAGGCGCCAAGUCCGCCACCUCCACUGAGAUCUUUCUGGUGGGGGCACUGGCCAAGAUAGGAGCCACUCUCGCCACGUACCCCAUGCUUGUCGUCAAGGUGAGGGCGGGUGGGGGCGUGCCUGUCAUCGCGCCUGCAAGCGCGUCACACGGCAGGCCAGCGCUACUCAGGUGUGUGUGCGGCUCUCUCUUCUCUCCCCUCUCCCCCCACACCACACUCUCUCUGCCUCCACAAUGCCUUUCAAACAGCUCUGCCUCACACUCACUUUGUCCUCUCUUCAUCCGUCGCUCUCAGCCCGCAAUAUUUUGCCUCCCAACCCCGUCCAACCCUUCUCAAGCCCUUCCAUCCCCUCCCCUUCCCCACCGGCACCAUUCACCACCUCCUUCACCCACACCCCCCCUCUCCCUUCCCUCCACUUUCUCUCUCUCUCCUCCACCGCCCCCUCCCUUUCCUCGAUUCCCCCUCUUCCGCCCACAACCCGCUCCCGUCACCCUGCGCGCAACAGGCAUGUGGGACGCGAUAUUCAAGAUAGUGCGACACGAGGGCUUGCGGGGGUUCUACCACGGGAUGGGCACCAAGAUGGCGCAGAGCGUGUUCGCGGCGUCUCUGCUCUUCCUCACCAAGGAGGAGAUCGUCAAGGCCGUGCGUGUCGUGCUCGACCGCCGCGCCCGCCUGCUGCUGCACCCCGCUCAGAGGCGCGCCAGGGCCGUGUGA